AAUCAAUGGUCGUCAAAAGAGACACGUCGAAACUGUCAAAGAAACAUGGCGGUCUCCUGUGAAUAUACAACACAGCUGCACGUCUAGACGUUUUUCGAGCGAAACCUGACAAUGAUUGUUGAUUCAAAUGCCUUCGAGCCACGAGACUUCCUCCGUGUGAGAGGACCUCUGGAGCUCAAAUGUCUCCUGGACAGCUCCGAUGUGACACGAAUGCAAGAAGCCAUAUCAAGAACAUUUGAGAACCUACGCUCUCAUGUGAAGUCUGACUCCUGUGUCCUGAAAGUCCAGGACAGCCCAAUUAUUAUCUGGCCGAAUAAAAGUGUUCACGUGACGCCGAAAGAAAUAACUGCAAGCACAUUGUGUGAAGAGUUACAUAAAUGGAUACAGACAGAAGGGCAAGAGACAGGAGACAAAAAGUCAGCAAAGAAGAAGGGCAAAAAAAGCUCUUCAUCUAGAGUAAUCAGCCUUAACCUGAUGAUGGAAGUGACAACGUUAGGUCCCCUCCCUGCACCCAUCCUCUGCAGGACCAUCCAGAAGUCCCACUUCCUGUCUACAACACUUCCUUUAGACUGUGUCAUCUAUAUCCGCUCCACGGACACGAUCAAAGAUGCCUGUGACUGUCUGAUGGAGGCCCUUACACAACAGCUGCAUGAGAUGGAGCGAGAGAUGCUGUGCCACAUGAAGGGGAUGAUGAUGUUUGUCCCGGAGCCUUUUCACUUCCUGCUUCCAGAUCCCAAAGGACUGGUGACAGCUGUCUAUCCUGCGGGGGUGCCCGACAGCCAGCUAGAGGGCCAGCGUAAGAAGCUGCACGAGCGCUUUGAACUACCAGAGGACAGGCCCUAUUUUAGAAGAGCCAACGCUUAUCACUUCCCGAAUGAACCCUACAAAGACGGUUACCUCCGAAACCCUCACCUCGCCCUCACGCAUCCUACAUUGGACGACGGAAAGGUGUACUUGGUACAGGGGCUGUAUAGUUACCACCACUACAUGCAGGACCGUAUGGACGACAACGGCUGGGGCUGCGCUUAUCGCUCCCUGCAGACAAUCUGCUCUUGGUUCCAACAGCAGGGUUAUGUGGAGAGGGCCGUUCCCACACACAAGGAGAUUCAGCAGGCAUUAGUGGAUGUUGGGGACAAACAAGCGUCAUUUGUGGGGUCCCGUCAGUGGAUUGGCUCUUUCGAGGUUCACGCAGUCCUCAACCAACUCCUUGAGGUCACGUCUAAGAUCUUGUUUGUGAGUCAGGGCUCAGAGAUGGCAUCCAAAGGCAGAGAACUGGCCAACCACUUCCUGUAUGAAGGGACACCUGUGAUGAUUGGUGGCGGCGUUUUAGCUCACACCAUCCUGGGCGUCGCUUGGAGCGAGACCACUGGGCAGAUUCGCUUCCUCAUCCUGGACCCGCAUUACACAGGCUCGGAGGACUUGCAGGUCAUCACAGAGAAGGGUUGGUGCGGCUGGAAAGGACCUGAGUUUUGGGAUCAAACUGCAUAUUAUAAUAUGUGUCUUCCCCAGAGGCCAAAAGUAAUUUGAUGUACAGGCAUGAUAACUAACAACAAAACAAAACCAUAAAUCAGCAUCAGGCUUUGACUCAUCAGAAAGCACUUUUCUCCAUCACACAAAAUUUCGUGGCCACUUCAUUGGGUACCUGAGGUGUAGUCUAAUAAGAGCCAAUCUAAAAACUGGGAUCUACAAAGAUAAUUUUCUCCCAGUAGAUCUUAUUUUUCAAUAAGUCAAAGAUAUUCAUUCAUUAGUAAUCAUCUGCCAGUAGUCUACACUUGAAACAUUUUAACACAAUGAAUCCUUAAAAAUUCACAAUAUUAAGUCAUUCACCUAGUAGCAUAUUUUUAAAAUCACUUUAAAAAAAAAAAACUUUAGGGAUACUCAGAAAUACUUGAAUCACAUUGUCUUGUAACGUUGCUAAUAGUCUCAAUUUUAUCAAAUAAUUUCUAUAUCAUGUAUGAAUCAUAGUGUCUUAAAUUGAAAAAAUAGACUGCUAUUGUUGGUCAUAACAAUCCCGAGAAACAUCAAAUCUACUCUGCUGUGCACCCAAACUUCCGUGGUGGAAUGCAAAAGGCUGACUUGUCGGUGGAAGGUUUGCUUUUUCUCAAUGAAUUAUAAAUACAGUAAGCAGUAAAUUCAAUUUCUGAACGACAGUUCACGAAAGUGGGUUGAUGAGAUGUCAGAACAUGAUUACGAUCAAAGGUAGCGAUAUAUGCAACCAUUUAUUAAAAGAGUAUCGGCAGAAUUGAUGUAACUCUGCUGUAUGGCCAAAUGUCGAUGAGUUGACCUGACUGCACUGCUACAGUAAUUCUUCAUCAGCUUCAGAUUUGUUGUUGUCUGACUGCACAUGUGUAUGCCAAGCUGUAAUCAUGUUUACUGUACUGUAUUUUUCAAGAUACAGAAAUGUUUGAGGGUUUUUGAAAUGCUUUAAAAGUAUUUUGCCAUCUUAGUUUGUGGUAUAUUUAUUGCUUAAAUUAUAUAUAAAAAAAUUGGUUGUAAUUACUUUUCCUGUCAAAAGUAUUGGAAAUUGGAAUUAUGCAUAGUCUAUAUAAUACACAAAUCACAAAUUUUAUAUGAUCCUCUCAUUAGAUACAGUACUUUUAAUAUUGUGGCUGACAUGUUUCAUCUCAACAAUUAAAUCUAUCCGUCAAAUUGCUCCCAUUUCUACAAAUAGAUGAUGCGAUCUUAGUGAAAUCAUUCAACAGAUGCUUUCAUUUGAGCGACAGGUAAUCGUUACCUAACUUGAUGCAACAUACAAUAUUAGGGCUGUCCCAAACGACUAAUUUUCUCCCGAUUAGUCAGCCGACUAUUUUUACGAUUAGUCGACUAAUCUAAUAAUUUUAAAAAAAAAACAUUUAAUGUUGUUUUUGUUUACUAAUUUAGCAAUGAAAUUUUUGUUGACGCUUAUCAAUUCACAAAAAACAUAUUGGAACACUUAAAUUAUUUAUUAAAGUACAAAUAAACACAUAAAUAAUAAUAAAUCACAAAUAAACAAUUAGUUCAAAUGCUGAUAGAAUUUACUAGUGUAGCAUCCCUGAUUGAAAAGGUGGUCUCUUAAACUGAUGGUUUACAACUUUUAUUCCAUCCUUGAUGUAAUCACACUGUAAGAGCUAUGGUGCACACAAAUAAAACAACACAAUAAGAAAUUAACAAAAACUUUUCACCUUUUUCCUUUUAAACCUUAUUUAUAUAUCAGUGAAUUGCCUUUACCUUAAUUUAUUACCUUAUCAUUGACAAUCUCUCCCUUGAGUGCAAUCACUGUAUAUACUGUAUAUAUUUAUGACCUUUUAACCUUAUAUAAUUUUCUAUACCAUAAAAUAAACCAUAACAUGAAAUAAACCUUUCAGUUAGCAAUACUAAUAGCACUUAUAGGCCCAUUGUCAAUGAAACGUUAUUAUUCAGUAAGGCGACAGCACCCUCUGGUGUACGAAAAAAAGAAGAAAAAAAUUACAAACGGUGACGGCGCUUGAGGUGUUUAUUCACGGCUGACCUGCCGCCAAGCUUGGCAUUUAACAGACAGGACAGAAGAGUGUACCCUCCGUUGUUUCUUUGAAAUAAGUCAAUGUUUUGGACACUCUGGUGCGCUUUUUUUGGGUUUGUGCCGCUUCCCCCGCUUGCAUACAGAGCAUCCGACAUUCUGAACUUUCCACGCAUGUAUUUUUUUUUAACCCUUCAUUAACCGUCGACGGGAUGUUGUGCUCGUCGACGGAUUUACGUCAUCGAUGACGUCGACUAUGUCGACUAGUCGGGACAGCUCUAUACAAUAUACUACACUGUCCAUGUAAAGUAUUAAACAACUGCAAUAUUUGUUUUCUCACCAGGCACAGGGUUGUGUGUGAACUGUUUUGUAAUAACCAUUUUACUAAAACAAUUUUUGGAACGUUUGCUUUUAUUGGUUAAAAAUAAUUUGUGGCCCAAGAAGCUAAAUAAUACAUAUAAUGUAAAACAACAAAAUUCAAAAAUGGUGUCUUUGUAGUAGUACACAGUAAUAUGCCAAAGAAUCACCAAAAAGAAAUACAAAUGAAAUUUACAACAUUUGAAAUGCUCAAUAAUAUAAAUCAUAUCAGAAUAUAGAUUGAACCUAUCAGGCAUAAAUCCAGUUUAAAAAUAUUUUUAAUACAGAAAAGUACACAUUUUACCUUUCAUGCACAGGACAUUUUUGUUGUUGUUGUUUCUUUUUCCCUUCCUGCUGGGGGGUUUGGAACAGGGAAUUAAUUGUAUUAAUUGUUAUCUGAUUUUUAUUCCUGAUGUACACUCCUUUAAUUUACUUUUAAUCAAUCCUCUAUCAUUGUAAAUUUGUAGUUCAUAUCCGUUUUAUUAUAUAUAUA